GAACUACGCAAGGCUCGUACCUUUAUCGAGAAGUUGAGCGAGACUUUAGACGCAUUCUUGGCAAUCAGCCGCGCUAAGUACGACGGAGCUAAGAUCCAACUCCUACCCUCUCCCUUCACCCGCGCUACUUCCUACUUUACAUGUACAUGUUCGGGAGUACAAGAUGCGCUAGACUUUCUAAAAGGAGGUUACAGCCAUCUACAGGGCUCUGAACCGUCAUAUGGUUAA